AAUAGACAGUAGCUUGAAGUUAUUAAAGAUGAAACGAACUUAAACCUGUGGUCAUGAUGCACGUAAAUAACGCAGAAUAUUGUGAAGAGAUAAACCUAAAUAACGAAGGGUGUAACUGGAUUGUCGUAGUGGCAACCGUUUUGUUCCAUGAUAUCCCCUCCCAUAUAAUCCCUCGUAAUUUGCAAUAAAAAACCCACACCUUCAUCCACCAAAAUCUACGUUCAUUCAUAUUCCCGUCAUUGACUUCCUUCUUCAUUGGAUCGAUGAGAAUUGGUACAGUUAUGUUUCCGCUACAUCGAUAACUCAAUUGUACCAUCAUCGAUCUGGGUUCAAAUUCAAGAAAUGGAAGUUCAGCGCAUGAGGGAAUUAUUGGAACUUUGGUCCUCCUUCAAAACCACCAGAAUUGCCCUUGUCGGAGGAAACCACACUGCUGCUAGAUUCUGCACUCGCUAAUACACCUUUUUGCCUCUCCCUCUCUCUUUCUCUCCCCCGUCUUUUUUCUUCAUUUCCCUGAACACGAGUUAACUUUCUAUACCUUAUUAUUCUCUUGCCUACCAUCAUGAAUUCCAGACGUUAUGGCUUCCUACUUCUUGCAUUCUUCACACUCGCUUCCUUUGUAUUCAUAAUGAGAUCACCUUUGCUUGAAAAAAUCUCCCGUGCCAACACCGACGAGGUUCUGUCACUUAUACUCCACCAAUUAACGCAUCAUGCGCUCUUGAAGCAACCACAGCAGAAAGCGGUUAACGAAGCUGAGACCCUCGUUCCGGCUGCACCGAGAAAGAUGUGUGGUUACCCGAGCGACGCGAAGAAAGCGGCGCUGCAGAAACUGGAGGACGUGCUUCUUGAGCCGCCAAGAGCGGCUUCUAUGAAGUCGCGGAAGUACUCGAAGCGGACGAGGUUCUUGCCGGAUCUGAUGGGUGACUCGUUGGUGAGCUACCCUCGGCGCGUUUUCAUCGACGUUGAGUUGUCGGGGAAAGAGGGAGGAAGUGGAAGAAAGUGGUUUACGGAAAACUACCCGACGAGGAACAUGCCGUUCGAGAUGUACGAUGUGAAGACGGUGGCGCAGGAAGUGCAGCAGAAUGAGGAGAUAGGGAUGUCGGAUUGGCUGAGGAAGAAUGUGAAGGAGGAAGAGUUUGUGGUGAUGAAAGCUGAGGCUGAAGUUGUGGAGGAUAUGGUGAAGAGCAAUUCCAUUGGGUUAGUGGAUGAGCUUUUCUUGGAAUGCAAACCCAACCUUGGGAGAAACAAAGGAGGAGAUACUUCUAGAAGAGCCUAUUGGGAGUGUUUGGCCUUGUAUGGACAGUUAAGGGAUGAAGGUGUCGCAGUGCACCAAUGGUGGGGUUAGGGCAUAAACACAAAACUUCUUAUUAGGGUUUCUGUCAUUAUUAUUUUAUUUAAGCCUUCUUUCAGAAAAAAAGGUUUUGUUAAAUAAUAAUACUUAAGGAGCCACAGAUUCUACAGUGGACCAAUUUACCCUUAAGUAAUUAAGUAAGGAAGGAUCGCAUACCUACCAGUAAAUUAUACAGAAAAAGGUUUACUGACCGAUCCACAUCUUUCUUCCAUUUUUG